AUAGAGAGGGAGGAAGAGAGAGAUAGAUAGAAAGGAUAACAUAAGUUUGAGUGAGGAGAGUUGAGAGAGCCACAAAAAUAUGAAUAUGGCAACAUCUUCAUUUUCAAUAGUUACGAAGCUCUCUCCUUUCUCAAAAACAACUUCAACCCCUAAUAACUUAUUCAAAUUCAACAACUACUUUUACAUUUCUUCACCUAAUAGUAAUAACCAUAAUACCAUAAUAAUAAAAUCUGAAUUUUCUUCUUCUUCUUCAAAAGAUGAGAUUAGUGAUCCCAAGAAAAUUGGGCAUUCGAAAAAAUUGGGGAUAGGAUCUCCAAUUGUGGUCAUUGAGGCUCCUAAGACCGUUAAAACAGCUGCCUCAGUUCCAUGCCUUAGAAUCAACCAUGGCUUAAUCAACCCUGGUGAUGUUGGAAGAAUUGUGUCAAGAAAGCCUAAGGAUGUAUGGGCAAUCCGUUUAAGUAUUGGGACUUACCUAAUAGAUGGUAAGUAUUUUAAGCCCUUAGAGCUUGAUGAAUGAAAAAAAAAAAAUAUAUGUAAUAAAGUAAAUUUAUGAUGUAAUAUUCUUCUUAUAUCAUUAUUGAUGGUGCUAAUCAAAUCUUCUAUAUUUUUUAACUUAAUAUAUUGUACGGAAAUUUUAUGA